AUGAGAAUUGAUCUCUCAUCCAAUAAGUUAACUGGGAUUCUUCGACGUUCAUUAGGAAGUUUGUCACUGUUGAAGAUAUUACAGCUUAAUAGAAAUCAACUCGAGGGUAUAAUCCCGGAUUCAGUUGGUGAUCAAUCCUCGUUGGAACUUUUGACACUUUCCUACAACAAUUUAAACGGAAGUCUUCCUAAAAGUGUUGGAAAACUUGGGAAACUAAGUUUUCUAGAACUUCAUCACAAUUUGUUGACAGGUAUUGUGAUGGAAAACCAUUUCGCGAAUCUAACGGCGUUGGAAGCAUUGUGGGUCGGGGACAAUAAGUUAGCGUUUAACCUAGUCAACAACAGUUGGAACCCGCCAUUCAACCUCAAAGUGUUGUGA